GUACGAGCGGGAAGUCUUUUGUUUUGUACUGAACAUGAAUGAGAGUUUGAAUCUCCGAAAGUCCAAUGUAUGGCAGUUCGGAGGUAACUGGAGGCAGCUGCAGGUUGAUCUACAUCGUAGUUGGUCCAUUGCAUUGUGCCGCGUGUCCUGUCCGAAGCCAACAGACGACUCAAGUCAAGGCCACCACCCUUGCAGAGGCUUCUCCCGCUAGAGCUUAGUUCAAGUAAGUAACAGUAAGUUGCUAGCAGUUCAUGGCUCGUGGCCGUGCUACGAUGUCAAAUGCUACGAAAUUACCACAUACCACUGAAGACUAAAGUGUUUCUUUCACUGAUCGAAAUACAUUCUACACUCUAUGUGCUAGCUAGAGGGAUAGAGCUCUCUACGACGUGACUCCGAAUAAUUUGUAAUCCGUAGCCAGCUAAUAGUGAACUCAACUAACUCCCAGGCAGCGUCUGAGCCCGCACGCGCAGAGCUCACUGCACAGUACUACUCAGUUAUGAUGACGAUGUCACGAGCACAGGUGACCACCUUUCUGGUUCAGGUUUUACUGCCACUGCUGGUAGUGCUACUGCUAGGGCCCAUUCACUGCAGGGCUGAUGUUAGUGCACAGCCUACUCCGCCGUCCGGCACAGCAGUACCUGACUAUGCCAAGGCAGCGGCCCAGUAUCAAUCCACCCAGGACAUUGUGAAUCGAGUAUGGCCUAAGCUGAGCCCGGAGGUCCGUAGUUACCUGGAUGUGCAGCUGAGGCCCCGUUCGCAAGUGCGGCCCAUGGUCACUGCGCCCGGCAGUGUGGGUAUAUCUGCUGCCGCUGCCAACGCGGCUACACAGGAUGAGAUCUCUGGUCGGUGCGUGCUGGGACUGCGGCGCAUGAUCAGCUUGGCCAACCUGACCAGCCCGGCUACACUGGCGUCUGCGGAUGCGGCCGGUAAGCCUGCUAGCGGUCUGCUGGCAUUCAACACCAAGUUCUGGGGCGACUACGGGGAAUGCGAGAUCUACUCCAACGUGUCCAGGUACUGCCUGGUAUCGGCCAGCCUGUACGUGUUCAGUGCAUUGGUGCCUGUCACGCAGUACCUUGGUUAUCAGCCACAUCAGUGGGGUUUCUGCGUGCCCAAGGAGUGCACAGAGCACGACGUGUCACUACUCUUUACGUACGGCACCUUCAACGGGACAUCGAUCCCUCUGAAGGACCUGUACCGCAUCCAACCCAACACUUCCGUGAGCGCGGACUGCACACUGGAGAUAGAAUACGAAGCCCGUCACAUCGCGUCCAUCUUCAUCUGCGCUGCCCUGGGUCUGUUUGUCUUGCUCGGCACGACGAUCGACUGGUUGGACGAGUCGUUAAAGGCUCCCACGCCAGAGGAGCAGGACGGGCCAGCGAUAGCGUACACUCCGCCGCCCGGCGCGCCUCUCAAUGCUCCUGUAGCGACUCCCACCUCCAACACCAGCACAUCGACAGGCGCUCUCACAGGCUCGCGUGUGAUUACAGAGUCUGGUGCCGGUAGAGAGAAUCGUCACGCCAACGGUGAUGUCCUGGUGGAACGUGGCACCAGUGAUGGCGAUGACAGGCUGUUGUUUUCCGCUGACGAUGCACCAGGCGACGAUGUGCCCCUGCUCAAGAGGCAAAGUGGUGAUCUGAUGACAUACACUCCGCUGGCGGCGGCAGGGAUGGUUACGAGUGGCGGGGCCUCGUCUCCGCUUGCUAUCUCCAUGGUGACUAGCCAGCAAACCAUGCUUAGUCAGGUGAUGGACAAUCCCCUUGCCCGCUUUCUUCUCUGCUUCUCCUUGCUGCGCAACGCACGGCGCCUGCUGGACACCAACGUGCCCAAGGGAGCCAUCACCUGCAUCAACGGCAUACGCGUGCUCAGCAUCACCUGGGUCAUCCUCGGCCAUACGUUUCUCAUGUGUAGUAACUAUCUCACCAAUCCCUACCGAGAGAUGCAGAUUCUGGAGCGCUUCACUUUCCAGACGGUGUCCAACGCGUUCUUCGCCGUUGACACCUUCUUCUUCCUGAGUGGACUGCUGGUCAUGUACUUGUCUUUGAAGCAGCUGGACAAUCAUCACGGAAAGAUGCCCUGGUUCAAGUUCUACUUCCAUCGCGUCUGGAGACUCACUCCAGCGUACAUGAUCGCCCUGAUGAUUCUGUACAACGUCUUGCCGUUCUUCGGCACGGGGCCGACCUGGCCUGGCACCGUCACCUUCGCCGACCAGUGUAAGAAGUACUGGUGGACCAACCUGCUCUACAUCAACAACUUCUACCCGAAGAACUUUAACGACCAGUGCUUCAGCUGGGCAUGGUAUCUGGCGAAUGACAUGCAGUUCUACAUCAUCAGCCCUCUCUUCCUCAUACUCAUGUACAGGUCCAAGCUGGCCGGCACGGUAUCGAUGGCGCUGACCAUGAUCGUCUCGUGGGUGGUGACCGCCGCCCUGUGCGCGCACUACAACUUUGCCAUGGGCACCCUGGCAAAGGCGCCACCGCCGGGCCACAACACCGACUACACGUCCAUCGUGUACGAGAAGCCGUACUGCCGCAUCUCGCCGUACCUGGUCGGCCUCUUCCUCGGCGCCGUGCUGCGACGCGGCGACGAGUUCCCGUUCGUGCGCAGCUUCAAGCAGCUGCCUCGCGGCACCCGGCUGAUUAUUGCCACUGCGGGCUGGCUUUUCUCCGGUGUCUUGUUUCUGUCGACGCUCUUUGGCCUGUACCAUCAGGCGCACCACAAUGAGUUUCUCAGCAAGGAGGCCAUGAUCUUGUACGUGACGUUUGCGCGGCCUGCGUGGUCGCUGGGCCUCGCCUGGAUGGUCUGGGCGUGCCACUCCGGCUACGGAAAUAUCAUUAACAGCUUGCUGUCCAUGUCGUUCUGGAUACCGCUGAGUCGGCUGACGUACAGCGUCUACCUUGUCCACUUCAUGGCCAUCCUGGUCGGGUAUGGUUCUCUGCUGAAGCCAUUCGCCUACACCGACACAUUCAUGAUUUUCUUCUUUCUCGGCUACGUGUUCAUGUCCUUCCUGGUGGCGGCCGCCUUGUACUUAGCUGCCGAAGCUCCAUUCCUCGAGCUGGAGAAGAUCUUCUUCCACACUCACCGCUCGGCCACGCCACCGCGUCCAGCCACCUCUAGUCCUACUACGGCGACGCGGGUCGUGAACCAGUGAGUCUGACUGGUCGUUGCCACGGUGAAGCUGGCGAUGUCCGGUAAAAGAGUUUAAAAAACGGGAAUUUCCCUGAUUCACUCAUUGGCGACUGGCCUACAUCUCAAUAAGCACUGCAGUUCACACAUCAUCAAGUAAAUAUUUCUCAGAAUUUUGAAGGGAAUUUCCAUGACCAUCUAUACUAAUGCACAGCUGGACUGUGAGCAACCAUAGCAACGGAAUGUCUAGUAGUGGUAUGCCCACGCGCAUUUUUUUUUAAAUUCUCGCGCCCAUGUGUAAGCCACCGCAGCCGCUCUUGGCCUAGAACUCCUUUGGUGCUGGUGAUAAUGCACUGUUACUCUUAAGUCUCUUCUCCCUAUUUCCCUUUCUACUCACUGAAACUGAUGAGUAUUCUUCCGAACUACUUUCUUUUUUAAUUAAGGAUAAUUUAUUGUCAAACAAUUUUUUGAGGAAACCUUGCUAGCCAUCGCCGUAAGCCUGCAGCUGCCGGCGCGGGAUGUGUUUGAGUUGCUGCUGGCGAGCGUCUGCUCAAGUGCCAACCAUCCAGCGUGGGCCGUCGCCGCAGAAUUAACGGUGACGCUAUGCUCACUCAGUUUCGCGCGUGCGUUUGAUUUGCACAUGAUAAUUAUUUAUUUCUUCUGAACAUGGUAUGAAUACAGCGCUGCCAAGGACUCAGCCGCCGACUUUGGUAGUGGCUGAACGAAUAAUAAAAUGGCAGCGGGUGAUUUUA